GCACAUAUUUCCAUGGCUCUCGAUCAGGUGCUAAAAAUAAUAUACAGCACCUGCUAGUCUGUUACCUGUAUCUUUUAUACGAUGUCCUCUCUAUAGUCUAACGCAUACUAUAACAAGUUUCCCAUCUAAUUAAGGUUAUAAAAAGAUUCCGAUCUACAUAGCAGCAACAAUAUAAUGGCAGGUUUGUACGACAAGCAAGCCGAGUUGUACUCUCAAUUCCGGCCAACAUAUCCGCCAGAGUGGUAUGCAACGUUCGCCGGCUUAACAACUCGCCGCGCCCUCGCCUGGGAUGUCGCCACGGGCAACGGCCAGGCCGCCGUCGGUCUGGCGGAGCAUUACGAGCGGGUAACGGCGACGGAUAUAAGCACAGCUCAGCUCGAACAUGCUAUGCAACACUCGCGAAUUCAUUACCUCCACACGCCGUCAACCUUAUCGGACGACGAGCUCGUGAGCAUGGUCGGGGGAGAAAGCUCCGUCGAUCUGAUCACGGUAGCGCAAGCAAUCCAUUGGUUCGACCUUCCUCGAUUCUACGCAGUCGCAAACCGAGUCCUGAGGAAGCCGGGAGGGGUCAUCGCCGUAUGGGGGUACAACGACAUGCUCGUUUGCCCCGCAGUCGACGCUGCCGGUAAACGAUGGUACGAGACAACCCAGCAGUAUUGGAGACCGGAGCUGAGGCCAUUUUUCGGAGGAUACCGAACGCUCGCAUUCCCGUUCGAGAGCGUGGGGAUGGGCGAGGAGGGGAAUCCGGUGGAAGUCGAGAUGGUGAAGGAGUUGUCGUUCGAUCAGUAUCUCGGAAUGAUGAGGUCGUGGUCGGCUGUUAGGAUGGCUAUGGAUGAGGGAAUUGAUUUGCUGUCCGAGGCGGCGGUUAAGGAGCUCACGGCGGUGUGGGGCGGCGCCAAUCUGGUGAGGACUGUGGUGUAUAAGGGCAUGAUGCUGGCCGGAAAAGUUAAGUGUUAGGAUUGAUGUCAUGUAUAUGAAUGAAAGGUAUUGGUAUGUAGGGAAAUUUUCCCUUUUACAUUGAAAUUGAGACGAUUUUUAAAUUGAA